UCAACAUGGCGGAGGGACCAUGCUUGCGGUUUCCUGUUCUUCUUUCUUGUUUUAUGUUUGUUUUACUGGUUGUAUCAGUCAAUACACUUAAUAAUGGCCUAGCACUAACACCGCCAAUGGGUUGGAUGGACUGGGAACGCUUUAGAUGUAAUACUGAUUGUGAAAAUGAUCCAGAGAACUGCAUUGGUGAGAGACUGUUCAAGGAGAUAGCAGAUCGUAUGGUACAGGAUGGAUACAGAGAUGUUGGAUAUGAAUUCAUUAGUAUUGAUGAUUGUUAUACAGAAAAGAAUCGAGAUGCUGCUGGCAACCUCCUCGUCAAUAGAACAAGAUUUCCUAGUGGCAUCAAGGCACUGGCUAACUAUAUCCAUACUAGAGGGCUUAAACUUGGGGUAUACGGAGAUUAUGGAGUUUAUACCUGUGCUGGGUACCCUGGCAGUAUCAGUCACAUGGAACAGGAUGCCGAGACUUUUGCAGGUUGGGGUGCAGAUUAUGUUAAAUUUGAUGGGUGUUUUUCUGAUCCUUGCACAAUGGAUCAAGGUUAUCCUAAAUUUUCCAAGGCACUGAAUGCUACUGGUAGACCUAUGGUUUACAGUUGUGAAUGGCCAUCAUAUACUGAGCAAAAGAACAUAACUACAGACUAUAUGAAGGUUGCAGAAUACUGUAACACUUGGAGGAACUACGAUGAUGUCCAGGAUUCUUGGGACAGUAUUUUACAUAUCUUGGAUUACUUUGCUGCCAAUCAAGACACUUUCAUUGCCGCUGCAGGACCAGGUCACUGGAAUGAUCCAGACAUGCUUGUACUUGGAAAUUUUGGUUUAAGUGAUGACCAGUCUAGAGCUCAGAUGGCAUUGUGGUCAAUACUAGCUGCUCCAUUAAUAAUGUCUACUGACUUGAGAAACAUCGCUGAUAGACACAAAGAAAUUCUGCAAAACAAGGAGGUGAUUGCUGUUGAUCAGGAUAAGAUGGGAAAGAUGGGAAGAAGAUGGAUCAAGAAAUCUAACACAGAAGUGUGGUCCAGACCGCUGGCUGAUGGAUCUGUAGCUGUAGUCUUAUUGAAUCGUAGAACUGAUGGAACACCACAUGAGAUUGAAGCACCCUUUAAACAGAUUGGAUUUGAUGCUGAAGUGGCUUCUGCUAGAGAUUUAUUUGCCCAUAAAGAUCUUGGUUCAUUUACGUCCAAAUUCUCUGCUGAAGUCAACCCCACAGGGGUAGUGAUGGUCAAGUUGACUAAAAGUUCAUGAGUGCGGUAUAUGAAACACUACGAAGAAAUUUCGAUAUGAAUUAAAAGAAUCGGGGAUAUAAAUAUUAA